AUGGCUCCAAAUCUACCAGAUCCAGAUACAAUGACGCCCAAGCUCUUCCAGAACUCGAAGUUUUGGGUCUCAUAUCAUGUCCCUCAACGUACUAAAAUACAAAAAAUGAUCAAGGAUAAUGGUGGCCUGAUUACCUUAAGAGAGCAGGAGGCAGAUAUCAACAUAGUCGAUCAUACGAAAAAGAAUCUCCCUGAUAAUGCUUACUCCUAUCAAUACGUGGAACGCUCUGUGCGAAACGGAAAACUCGAGGAUCUUGAGCCUUAUCUGGCUGGUCCUUCGGCUCAAAGAUCCGUUGGCGCCUCGCACAUCCCAAAAAAGGGUACCAGAACGGAGUAUACCUUGAAGGAUGACCAGAUUCUUUAUGACUGGUUGCACCAUUACCAGCAAGAAGACAACGCAAAGGUUGGUGGUAACAAUAUCUACAAGGAACUCGCAGAAAAGUUCCCCAGACAUACAUGGCAAUCAUGGCGCGCGAGGUACAUCAACAAAAUCAGUGGAAAGCCACGUCCUGGUGGUGGAGAACCUGAGCCAGAUUUGCUCUCGAAACCUCAACUGCAACUACGCCCUGCAACAGGACCAGCAUCCAAACCUAGAACGGUAGCAUCACGCAUUCCUGCAGCCGCAGAAAAGCCAGGUCCAUCCAGAUCUCUCCAAUCAGGACGACGUGACCCAGACCUACUCCAUGAGGCAGUACCAGCACCAAAACGCACAACGGUACCAUCACGCACUCCUGCACCUAAACAAUUAAAUCCCUCCAAAUCUCCGGAAUCACGACGACGUGACCCAAAUCUAGUCCAUGUGGUAGUGCCAUCACCAAAACCUAAAACGGCACCAUCACCUAUUCCUGCUGCAGCCAGACAACUGAACCUCUCAAAAUCCCCGGAGUCACAAUCGAGUGAUCCGAGCCACGUGAAAAGAAAGCGUGAAUCCACCGGUGAAUCAACUUCAAGCCGUCAUGAAAGGGAAAUGUUUCCUGCAAAAAAAAGGUUAAUUGAAACCUCCGAAGCCAUGGAUGCCAUGGCUCUUUAUAUUUCACACAAACAUCGUCCAAUUCCCGCCGGAUCACCAUCGAAUCUAAGAAGUCAGCUUACAAGUCCAGCGACGCCCUCACGUAUCAGCCAACCAUCACUGCCACCGAAGGAAACAGAGCCAGAGCAGAACCAAGCAGCCCAUGUUCGAAAUGGGACCAGCAACUCGAAGCUUUUGGACACACCAAUUCCACCAGUCUCCGAGCCCAAGCAAAAUCAGGCUACUCGAUCUCAAGAUGAGACCAACUUGAUCAACAUGCUGCUUCUGGAGAUGCCAUUUCUACCGUCUAGCCCAGAACCAGAGUCAGGUGAAGAUGAAUAUGAAGACGAUCAUGAAAGUCAUCCAGAUAUUGACAGUUGGAUUGAUGCUCGACUAGCCAGAGGUGAUGUGGAAUUACCAAUCGUACUUGAAGCAUUGCAAUGCACAAGUAUGAACCCAGAAUACGCCGAAAAGGUGAUAGAGCAAUGCGCAGCUGGGAAGGGGAUUCCUCAUGAUAUGCCGGGAGUAUGGACUGCUGAGGAUGACAAACGCUUGGAAGGUGAAGAUCAACGUGACAUCCAAAGCUUGUUUGACAAGCAUGGCGAAGAUGCAUGCGAGGCUAGAUUCGAGUUUCUUGACCUUAUGCGAAGUUAG